UACAUUAUAUCUUUAUUACCGUGGAAUUGCCGCCGCUGACGUGAGACGUUUCUUCAUCAGUCGGAAAUGCCAGAUCCUGGCCAGGUAUCGUCAUACAGUUGUACGUAAGAAGCACAAUACCGACAUAUAAGAACUUCAUCUUUGUUGUUGGAUGAAACUGUCCCACUGAGAAGAUCGAAAAUACAGAUAUUUAGAAAUGAAAAAUUGAAAAGGCCAGCGAUAAUCGCAAUGUAAAACUUGGAUAAACAAGCGCAAAGGUCAAUCGGAGAGCUAGUUGUGUAUGGGUAUAUUAACGAUGCUAAUGAUUAUUUAGAAAAUAAUUGCACAUAGGGAUGUCUCGAUCCGUUUCUUCUUCGAUGUAAACUAGAAAAAUAGAAAGCCGGAAAUAUUCAUAUAUAUAUAAUGGGCGUUUUCUUGGAAUAUAUAUAUAUACUCCAAGAGAACGCCCAUUAUGAACUAUCAGAAUUUAUCUGACUAGCUAUUAAUGAGAUAUUUAUAUAUGUAUUAACAUUUAUUUAUAGUGUUAAUUUAUAAAUGUGGUAUUUUAUAUGGCUCUCUUCGACUGGCGCUCUUCGAGAUUUAAUGCAGAAUAUGAAACUAAAAUAUGAUAUAUGAAUAUGAGAAUUCCUUACAAUGUGUUCUUGGCAAUACUUCCUGUCCUAUCUUCCGGUAAGAAAAGAAGAUGCUCACGCCUGACAGGAGAGAUACUCUCGAACGUACGUACAAUUACACUGUGAGCCGAACACGACUACGAUGUUUGAAGGCCAACCAGUAUUAAACAAAAGAAAAUAAAAGAGUAUACCGACUAAAACGAUAAUCCUCUUCACUAAUACCGAUGCGCCUCUAUAUGUAUACGUAUGUAUAUAUACAACUUGCGAGAAAGCCGUUAUGACAUAUAUGUACAGGAACAGUAGAGGAAGAGGAAUUCUUCGGAAAAAUAUGCUUCUUGGAACCACGAUUCAAGAUGAUUAAAUUACUCGCACCAAGAUGUGACAUAGACCAACACUGAAAAAUCCAAUCUUCCGGAAUACUUCUUAUGGAUCGCAUUCAAUAUUGGAUGUAGCUGCUUCUUCCCUUCGUACAGAUGAAUUAAUGGUACAUCGUUUUUCAAUAAUUCUGUAGUUAAUACACCGUAACCAGGAUUCAAUUCAGCAACAAAACAUGUAUUUUUCAAAAGAUCAUUUUUGAUCAAAGAGACGUAUUGUGCAGCUGUGUUUCUGUCGAUUAAAUAUAACACGCCUACAUCUGUCUGAUAAAACUUCACCUGUUUUGUACAAACGUCGACUAAAUCUGGAUUAACACUGCGCACAUAGUUAAUAAUAUCAAGUAUCUCUUUAUCAUCCAAUAUAGAUUUUCUUCUCUUCUUGUUUAUUUGUAAUUUUAUCUUUUCAAUUUCCUUCAUCUGUGCAGUAUCAUAUUUUGCUUUCUUCAAAUUUAAAUUAUCGCUGGUUAAUGUCGAGCAAUAAACAUUUAAAACAUGCUUACUUCUUCCUGACAACCAGGAACUCAUCACUGGCAACAAGUUUUUGCUCCACAUUUUGCAUCCAAUUUAUUAUAAACCAAAAAUACAAAAUCUAGUUAUUUAUGACAAGUGUCAUAAAUAAUGAAGUAAUCCUGGAAAAGACGUCUCUUCAUCGGUAUCAAUUGAUUCUUCCAACAUAUAUUAUAAAAAUGGAAAAAUUAAUCAGAACACUUCUAUAAUAAUUGCCUAAAUUAAAAAUUAUUGGUCAGAUUAGGUUAGAUUAGAUUUGUUGUAUCAUAUAAAACACGUGUUUUAAUGAAGAAUAAUUUUUCUUGAUUGUAAAAAUUAAUUAUGCCGAUUGAUUGAUGACAAUAUUCGUCAAAUUAUCUUGUAUCACAUGUAAUUUGUCGAACAAUUCAAACAAAUUCGUAGAUAUAAUACCCAUACACGUGUUUUCGUCAUGUAUCAACCUAAUCUCAACCUAGUUUUAUCUGUGCAUGUAUAACCUCAUCCAAAUACAAUUUGCUUCCGCUGUUUUUGCUUGGAAGAAAACCGUUUAUCAGGAUUACAUUAUUUCUCUACUAUCAUCUUCAUCAUCACAAUUAUCGUUGUCAAGAUUUUAUAAAAUGGCUCAAAGUGCAGCUUUAUUGUCACGCAUAAUGGCAUCCUCUAUAUCUGCCACUGUGCAAGCUGGUAAAAUAAUUCGAAAUGUCUUGAACAAAGGUGGAUUGAACAUAGUGGAGAAGGGUAAGAAUGAUCUACAAACAGAGGCGGAUCGUUGCGCUCAACGAUGCAUCAUAACAUCCCUGAGUCGUCAGUUUCCCAAUAUAACUAUAAUCGGUGAAGAGGAACCAUCCAGUUGCGAGGUACCAUCUGAAUGGAUCAUCACAGAAGCAGAUCAAGAGGUGUUGCAACUAAAGCUACCAUCCCACCUGGAGGAAGUUAAUCCCAAAGACGUGUGUGUUUGGGUGGAUCCUCUAGAUGGUACAGCAGAGUAUACUCAAGGACUGGUGGAGCACGUCACAGUAUUGGUGGGUGUAGCAAUCGGUGAAAAAGCAGUUGGAGGCGUAAUACAUCAACCGUACUAUAGGAAGGACGAAAAUAGCACAUAUGUUGAAAAUGGUCGUACAUUGUGGGGUAUCGACGGCGUGGGAUUCGGUGGUUUCACGCCAAAACCACCUCCGGAAGGAAAGAGAAUAAUCACGACCACUCGCUCGCAUUCCGACAGCAUUGUCCUGAGCGCGGUAAAGUCCUUAAAUCCAGACGAGGUGUCGCGCGUAGGCGGUGCCGGGCACAAGGUAAUUCUCCUGUUGGAGGGAAAAGCUCACGCAUACGUGUUUGCCAGUCACGGAUGCAAGAGAUGGGACACCUGCGCCCCCGAAGCUGUUCUUCGCGCGAUCGGCGGUGUCUUGACCGAUCUACACGGUGAAUGCUACUCGUACAACCGAGAGACGACGUACGCAAACACGAGAGGCGUCCUGGCUACCGCGCCUGGCCAGUCGCAUCAGUGGUACUUGAGUCGUAUACCUGAUGAAGUAAAGCAAAAGUUGCAAUAGGUAAUAUCGCGACGUGGUUCGUGGUUUUUAGCUACUUAUUUUUAACGGACUUUCUCGACUAUUUCUCGCGUUCUUUGCAUUUGCGUCUUUUAUCGGAAGUUUUAAUAAUCAUUUCGGGGACGCGAAAUAAGAAAACAUUCCGUAAUGAUUUUAUAUUCCUCGAUACUCUGGUGUAAAGAAGAAAAAAUACUAGCGCAAGAGCUAUAUUUUGAAACAAUGUAAUUACGCAAUAAAAGAAACACAUUUUGUUCGAAA